AUGGGGGCUUUCUCAGAGCAGCACAACUUUUUCUGCUGUUGUACAGAUACUGAUACAAUGUCUGCUCCUAGUGCCCCUUUCCCAUCUGCACCACCUUCUUAUGAGGAAUCAACAGGAAUCAAUGUGAGCUAUCCUCACCCUUAUCCUGUCCCAGAAUAUGGUCAGAAACCAGACUGUAAAGGAAUGAACCCUCCUCCAUACUUGGGACAGCCCACACCAGUGAAUAACCCAGUUACAGUUCAGACAGUGUACGUGCAGCACCCAGUAGUGUUUUAUGACCGCCCGGUUCAGAUGUGCUGCCCCUCCUGUAACCACAUGAUAGUGACACGUCUCUCCUAUGACUCGGGGGCUUUGACUUGGCUGUCAUGUGGUGGCCUCUUCCUGCUGGGAUGUGUAGGUGGCUGCUGCUUAAUCCCCUUCUGCAUUGAUGCCCUGAAGGAUGUGGAUCACACCUGUCCAAACUGCAAUGCUCUUCUUGGUUCUUACAAACGUUUAUAG